UCUAAUGUUUCUAGUUUGAAACAUCCUUUUGAAAAUGGAACUAGUAUUUUGCAUUCUUAGAUUUAUUUAUUUAUUAAUUGUUAGGUUUGUUAAUGUUUAACUCAUAUGAUUUGAUUUGUCAUUUCAAUUUUGAAGAGAAACACGCUCAUAUGAUUGUAUGUAAUAUAAGAGAUCACAGAUCUUUCACCAAACACACACCACUCCAGGAUGUUACCAGAACACUACCUCGGUCCUGGUCGUACAGGAACAAGGAAUUGCAAACUUGUUCUAAAAUGAAUUUCCACGGUGAGCAACACUGUCCAAUUUGUCUCCAGGUGCCCACAUUUCCUGUGCAAACUAACUGUGGCCACUUGCUUUGUGGUCCAUGUUUGAUUGCAUACUGGGGACAUGGUCCUUUGUUAGGAGCUGUGAGCUGUCCGCUAUGCAGACAAAAGGUGAGCUUGCUCUGUAGUCUAUUCUGUGAGAACCAGCAGGAAAAGCAGGGUCUACAGAUUAUACGAGAUAUUAGAAACUAUAACAAGCGCUUCUCUGGACAAUCCAGACCUUUUGCAGAUUAUGUCUACGACAUGCCCCUAUUACUCCAGAUGGCCUUUAGAGGACUCUUCACAAUGGCUGGAUUAAUGUGGAUCUUCUAUUUGAGGAUUGCAAUUUGUUCCUUUGGAGUCAUCAUGUGCCUCACUUUCCCUCUUGAUAUAAUUCCUGAAACAGUCAAUGAAAUCUUGGGAACUGCUGAUGGCCUGACUGUUAUAAUCCUGCUUCUUUUCUGCAUGAUUCAUAUUUGCCAGUAGAUGGAGCCAGAGCAAAUUAGUUCAACCAGAAUAAUUGUCAAUUUAACCAAACCAGUCUUUUAAUUGGGUGUGGCCUAUUUGUCUAAUAUCUGGUUUUAUAAAAAAAAAGGUGUAGAUAUACUUUAACAAUGUUUGAAUUGAUAGCUGUCCAUAGCAUUUGAAUGUUGCUAAGUGCUUGUUGUUUUCCAUCUGUUGUUGACAAUGGUAAGCAGCACAGAACUACUUUUACUUUAAUAAAUGUAACUUUUUAUGUA